AUUGACAAUGGCUUUCCGGCACCGUGUGCUGCAUAUGGUGCACAACCGGGAGCGGCAGUAACAACUUGUUCAGUUCGUAGCCACGGUUCGUAGCCCUGGACUGGGCUCAGCCCCACGAGGAAAGCCUAGGUUCAGGGUUGUCGUGCGGUCAUCUAGAACCAGCUGUAGUGAUGAAUCUGGAGCCUGUGGGGCAGCACACACAUGCAUGGGCGCAGGAAGCUGCCUGGAUGGGCCCAGCGCGCUCGUCGCGCUUGUCGCGCCCGGCCGCGGCAAGACGUGCGCGCCCUGCAAGCGCAUCACGUACUGCUGCGGCGCAUGCCAGUUGAGGCACUGGCGGGGCGGCCACGCUAGGCAGUGUGCGGUGCUGGCGCGUGCGGCUGUGGGGGCUCUGGCGGUGGGGGCGCUGUGGCGCGGGCUGGGGCGGGGGCUGGGGCUGGGGUAGCAGGCAAGCAGACAAACAGAGAAGAAAUGGGCGGAUGUGAGUGAUCGCUACAUAGCAAGUCACGCAUGCUGCUGCGCAUGCCACAUGGCUUUGACAUUGCACAUGGCGUACGUGGGUCACUGGAUCGGCAUGGCGCGCUCAAUGGUGUGCAUGUGAUUGUGUGAUUGGGGCAUUCUAGUGAUUCUACUCACUCCCUGACGCAGGCGUGCACAGGAGCACCCGCUGCCAGGUACCAGAUGUUUGGGAGCGCCUUGGCCUCGUGCCGUGCUGUCCGGGCGGCGUCAAGGGCGUUUCAGAUUGAUGCAAACCAUGGCAGGGCUUGGUGCGGACGUACAAGACACGGAGUACCGCAGUCGAAGGAGAGCAACGCGAUGUGAGAGGGAGGUGUGCGUCUUUGUUAUCCUUUUUGGGGCGCGGGGAUGCGGGAUUCGCUUGUGUUACAGAGUAGUUCGAGGUAGAUCGGAUGUUGGAGAAGCGGUGGCAGCAGGGUGACGUGGUACCCCGGAAAGCGGCUAGACAGGGGUUGGUGCAUGCAGAGGGGUGCACACGGCGGAAAGACUUGCGGGGUGUUGGGCGGGAAGCCAGGCGAAGCCAAGCACGGCGGGGACCCGAAUGGGGCCUGACCGGGACUACACAUUUAUCCACCCAUUGGACAAGCCCAACCCAACUCAUGGUGGGGCCCUGUUCAUUCAUUUCCAAAAGGGCACCACGGUUGUGUAGGGCGUUCAAGCGUGCGCUGCGCCUGCGGGCGUGGACAGAGGCGGGACUUGUCAUGGGGGCAACUGGGGGGCCUAUGGGGACAGCAGCUUGGGGCGCGUGGCGGCGAUCGCGGGCGCAGUGCAGAAGGCUGCGGGCACGGUGGUACAUUGCCGUCCGCAU